CAGAACAGGCCCAUACACGUCGUCACGCAGUACUAGCAGUAAUCCAUAGGUACAGAGAACUGGAUCAUACCAUACUACUACCUUACCUAGGUACCUACCUUAGGUAUCCAUGAACAUCCUGCCACGGACAUCCCAGAGCCUACGCUAUCACAGCUUUACUACUAGUUGUAUUCCAAAAGCCCUCAGGAUCGCCCCAACUGCCUCUUCGCUCCCUAAAAACUCACUCUGCGGUACUACUUCCUCUCGAAUCCACAGAAGAUUCCACGCCUCGCCAGCCACAGCCACAAUGUCAUCACCCUCACCCUCACCCUCAUCUGAGACGAGUACCAUGCUCGAAGCGCUCGUCCACCACCCCCUCCGCGUCACACUCCACAACAUCCCGAUCCCGACCCCCAAAGCCGACGAAGUCCUCACGAAAGUCCACGUCUCGGGCUCCAACCCCAAGGACUGGAAACGGCCAGCCGUCAACCCGGAAUUCAACGGCACAAACCAAGGCGACGACAUCGCCGGCGUUGUCGAAAAGGUCGGUUCCGCCGUCACACAGUUCAAGCCAGGCGACCGUGUCGCCGCGUUUCAUCGGAUGCAGACCCCCGGCGGAUCGUACGCGGAAUACGCCAUCUCCCCAGAGCACACGACAUUCCACAUCCCGUCGACCUUGAGCUUCGAAGAGGCCGCCGCAAUCCCCUUGGCCGCAAUGACGGCCGCGGUCGGUUUGUUCGUCCGAUUGGGGCUACCAGAGCCUUGGGUCGCCGCUGGAAAUCCUGAAAGAGUGCCGAAAGGCGGCAUCGUGAUAUACGGUGCCGCAGGCGCUGUCGGUGCGUAUGCCGUCCAGCUGGCGAAGCGUGCUGGGAUCCAUCCGAUCAUCGCUGUGGCAGGGCGAGGGAUCCCAUUCGUCGAGGGAUUGUUGGGAGAUACUAGUAGCAACAGCAGCAACAUUAAGGGACAGGGUGACGUCGUCGUCGAUUAUCGCAAGGGCAACGAGAGCGUCGUCGAAGGGAUCAGGAAAGCCGUCCCCCAAGGCGAGAAGCUAGAGUAUGCGUUUGACGCCGUGAGCGAAAAGGCGAAGUCGUCGGCCGAAAAUAUUUGUAAAGUGCUAGCGCCAGACGGCCAUCUCACGCUGGUCCUCCCGCUCAAGGACGAUCCGUCGAUCCCCAAGUCUGUCCACACGACGUUGACAAUGGUCGGGAGUGUUCAUGGCAAGGACAAGGAUUUCGGGUAUGCGUGGUAUCGGCUCUUUGAGCUGGGUUUGAAAGAUGGUUGGUUCAAGCCACAUCCUCAUGAAGUCAUUCGUGGAGGGCUGAAACGUGUUGAGCAAGGCUUGAGGAAUCUGAAAGAAGGCAAAGCCAGCGCGACGAAAUACGUCUUUCGCAUAGCCGAGACGGAAGGACUGGGUUCCAAGUUGUAA